AUGGUAGUUGUGAACUGGCAACGACAAAGCGUUGGUGUCGAUCGAAGCGCUCCAAUAGAUGUGAUGCCUCUCAAUGCAGUUCACUUGCAUCAAGAUGGGAAAGAACUAGAGCUCGUGGUGGGGCCAAGACCUGGGACUUACCCUGCAGGAAUUACCCAACUGCGAGAACAGUCUGGUACUCGUAACUCAACCUUCCAUCAUCUCAAGGGCGCGGAACAGAGGCAGCAGCACAAAUCUUGCAGAUUAAUGGCAAGCAGAUGCACGACAUCUCGCAAUUCAAGAUGUCAUCAUCUAAGCUGGGAUUUUGCCCACCAAGCUUAUCGCCAAGUCCGAAGACGAUCUCACAUCGCCAAAUUAUUUCCGGGGCACCACUUCACGGCAGCGGGACCUCCCAAAACACCUUUAGUACGCAGGUGUCUCCCAAGUCGCGACUGA